ACGAGGCUGCAGUCUUGAACACCUCUCGUCUCUCUCAUCCAUCGUCACAAUCAUCAUACUCAUUCCACUCCCCAAGUCCCACUAACACGCUCUCCCAAUUUUUCAACCAAAAAAAAAAAAAACACAGAUCUCUGAAAUGGCUUUGUCGAUGGUUCUAUCAUCGUCUCCCCGAUUCCACCUUGUAAGAAACAGAUCAAUUUCGCAUCCCAAAAUUCGAUGCUCUGUUUCUUCUUCUUCAUCAUCAACACCAUCAUCGUCAGUGUCGACGAAAUUCGAUCUUCGAACCUAUUGGAUGACUCUGAUAGAAGAAAUCAACCAGAAGCUAGAUGAGGCCGUGCCUGUGAAGUACCCACAGCAGAUCUACGAAGCCAUGCGUUACUCUGUUCUCGCUCAUGGUGCGAAACGUGCUCCUCCGGUCAUGUGCGUCGCCUCCUGCGAGCUCUUCGGCGGCAACCGCCUCGCCGCCUUCCCCACCGCCUGCGCUCUCGAAAUGGUUCAUGCAGCUUCAUUGAUACACGAUGACUUGCCGUGCAUGGACGAUGACCCAUCACGCCGUGGACAACCCUCAAACCACACGAUCUUUGGCGUAGACAUGGCAAUCCUUGCCGGUGACGCCUUGUUCCCUCUCGGCUUCCACCACAUCGUCUCCAACACUCCCACAGACCUAGUCCCUGAGCCCCGUCUCCUCCGCGUCAUCGCAGAGAUCGCGCGUGCCGUGGGAUCCACUGGCAUGGCCGCCGGCCAGUUCCUCGACCUCGAGGGCGGGCCCAACUCGGUCGAAUUCGUCCAAGAGAAGAAGUACGGCGAAAUGGGUGAGUGCUCUGCCGUGUGUGGCGGUCUUUUGGCGGGAGCUGGGGAUGAUGAGAUCCAACGGCUGAGAAGGUAUGGAAGAGCUGUUGGGGUAUUGUAUCAGGUGGUUGAUGAUGUGUUGGAAGAGAAGAUGAAGAGUGAGGAGAGAGAUGAGGAGGAGAAGAAGAAGGGGAAGAGCUAUGUGGGAGUGUAUGGUGUGGAAAAGGCAAUGGAAGUGGCUGCGGAACUAAGGGCUAAGGCCAAGAGAGAACUUGAUGGGUUUGAGAAGUAUGGUGAGAAGGUGGUUCCACUCUAUAGUUUUGUAGAUUAUGCAGCUGAUAGAGGUUUUAGUGUUGGUGAUCAAGUUUAAUUUGUAAAUUUUGACUUUUAAUUCUAGUGUUUUUUUUCUGCUACUCUUUUUUGGA